CCGAGUCGCGGGCGCUGCGUCUCUGGGAGGCCCUGGCGGCGGGGUGCCCAGUGCGCGGCCCCAGCGGCGGAGCGCAGGAUGCAGUGUCUCGGAGCCGAGUACCUGGUUUCUGCAGAGAGGACUCCCAGGCAAAGAGAGUGGCGACCCCAGAUUUAUAGGAAAUGCACAGAUAAAACAUGGCUAUUCCUAUUCUUUCUCUUUUGGACUGGUCUGGUGUUCAUCAUGGGCUACUCGGUGGUAGCUGGAGCCACCGGAAGACUCCUCUUCGGCUACGACAGCUUUGGCAACGUGUGUGGCAAGAAGAACUCUCCAGUGGAAGGGGCUCCUCUUUCAGGGCAGGACAUGACCACAAAAAAACACGUGUUCUUUAUGAAUUCCUGCAACCUGGAAGUCAAAGAUGUUAGGCAAGAUUCCAUUGUUCUCUGCGUAUCCAGCUGCCCGGAAGAACAGCUUGACACCCUGGAAGACGUCCAACGCUUUGCCAACAACAGUGGGUCCUUCCUAUGUGUUUACAGUUUGAAUUCCUUCAACUACACUCGGAAUCCAAAGGCAGACUCACUGUGCCCCAGGCUACCAGUUCCUCCAAGCAAGUCUUUUCCCUUGUUUAACCGAUGCAUCCCUCAAACGCCUGAAUGCUAUUCCCUGUUUGCAUCUGUUUUGAUAAAUGAUGUUGACACCCUGCAUCGAAUUCUAAGUGGAAUAAUGUCAGAAAGAGACACAGUUCUUGGUCUAUGUAUCCUCGCAUUAGCCUUGUCUUUGGCCAUGAUGUUCACCUUCCGAUUCAUCUCCACGCUUCUGGUUCACAUUUUCAUUUCACUGGUUAUUUUGGGAUUGCUGUUUGUCUGCGGUGUUUUAUGGUGGCUGUAUUAUGACUAUACCAAUGGCCUCAGCAUCGAAUUGGACACAGAAAGGGAAAAUAUGAAGUGUCUGCUGGGGUUUGCUAUUGUAUCUACAGUUAUCACGGCGGUUCUGCUCGUCCUGAUUUUUGUCCUCAGAAAGAGAAUAGAAUUGACAGUUGAGCUUUUCCAAGUCACAAAUAAAGCCAUCAACAGCUCCCCUUUCCUGCUGCUCCAGCCACUGUGGACAUUUGUUGUCCUCAUUUUCUUCUGGGUCCUCUGGGUGGCUGUGCUGCUGAGCCUGGGAACUGCAGGAGCUGCACGGGUCAUUGAAGGUGGCCAAGUGGAAUAUAAGCCUUUUUGGGGCAUUCGGUAUAUGUGGUGGUACCAUUUAAUUGGCCUCAUUUGGACGAGCGAAUUCAUCCUCGCGUGCCAGCACAUGACUGUCGCUGGGGCUGUGGUUACUUGUUAUUUCAACAGGAAUAAAAAUGACCCUCCUGAUCACCCAAUCCUAUCGUCUCUCUCCAUUCUUUGUUGCUACCAUCAAGGAACAGUUGUAAAAGGCUCAUUUUUAAUCACUUUGGCGAGGAUUCCAAGAAUCAUUCUCAUGUACAUUUAUAACACUCUGAAAGAGAAGCGUAAUGCAUGGUCGAAGUGCGUUUUCAGAUGCUGCUUCUGCUGUUUCUGGAGUCUUGACAAAUAUCUGCGCCAUCUCAGUCAGGAUGCAUACAUUACGACCGCCAUUAAUGGGACAGAUUUUUGCACAUCAGCAAGAGAUACACUCAAAAUCCUAUCCAGGAAUUCAAGUCAGCUCACAUCCAUUAACUGCUUUGGAGACUUCAUAAUUUUUCUGGGCAAGGUGUUGGUGGUGUGUUUCACCGUCUUUGGAGGACUGAUGGCGUUUAACUACAACCCUGCACUCCAGAUGUGGACAAUCCCUCUGUUGCUGGUGGCUUUUUUUGGCUACUUUGUAGCCCAUAGUUUUUUAUCUGUGUUUGAAACUGUGCUGGAUGUACUUUUCCUCUGUUUUGUCAUUGAUCUGGAAACAAAUGAUGGAUCAUCAGGAAAGCCCUACUUUAUGGACCAAGAGCUUUUGAGUUUUGUAAAAAGGAGCAGCAAAUUAAAUGAUACAAGGGUAGAGAGAGACAGGAACUCAUUAAGGAAUGAAGAAGGAACAGAACUCCAGCCCACUGUGAGAUAACCACCCAUGAGACAGCCCAUUAGAUAUCUGUGGAAAAGCAUCCUUCUUCUAAGAGCCAUUUACAGAAUAAAUAAGGCCCGAUGGACCCUAUUCUUCCUCACUGUUUUUUGUCUUUAUCGUUUGACUGCAAUACUGAACGAUGAAAGUUUACAACCUUUUUUGUACAAACUGGGACAGAAAAACUCUUUUAAGACCACGUUUAUAUGGGUCAAUAAAAAAAACAGUACGUAGAAGCUCAUUGCAGGGCUCCAACGAAUAAGUGGAGAGGCUCCACCGCUCAAACCAAUAAAUUUUAAAAACAUUUGUUGUUGUUGUUGUUAGCAGAAAUCUCUGAAAUGUUGCUCUAGAACAGAGCAGAAUUUUACUAAUCCUAUCCUGGAAAUACAAGAGUUUGACUUUCACGCUAAUUCAAAGUACAAUUCUUAGAUUCAGAGACUAGAAAAAUGGUAAGGUUUAAACUAACCAAAACUACCAUCUAAACUGGACACUGUAUAAAAGGGAGGCAGGAGUUUAACCAGGUAUGACUGACUUUGUUAAAAGCACACCUCUUACAUAUAUAUUAGCAAACAUUCUGAACAUUCUGGAAAAGUAGUAUCAACCACACCCCAUAUGAGAAUGGCCUGGAGAAAGAUUUUUUUUAAAUACUUGUGCUGGGAUUUUUGUGCUGGGAUGCCAUACCCAGAGAUAAAGAUUUCAAUGCCCGGGGCAGGUCCCCUUUGUUGGGGCUUUCCCUUUUGAAAGCUUUAAGCAAAUAAAAACAUUUAACAUUAAUUGCCAGCCCCUUUCAGUUAGAUGGAGGGGUAGGCAGAAUUACCCACCUCUUCUAACUGGAGGAACCCCUGGUGGUGGUAUGGUUAAGCUCUACAGCUGCUAACCAAAAGGUUGACAGUUCGAAUUCACCAGGCACUCCUUGGAAACUGUAUGGAGCAGUUCUACUUUGUCCUACAGGGUCACUAUGAGUCAGAAUCGACUUGAUGGCAACAGGUUUGGGUUUUUUUUUUUGUUUUCCUAACUGGAAACCCUAUGGGUCACAAUAGCCUGAUGCUGUUGUGUUUGGCGUCAUCAUGAGUUGAGGCUGACUGUAUGGCAGGCAAUAACCUAACUGGAAGACCGACCCAGCUUAUUUGCAGAGCAAGUAUU